AUGGCGUGGUAUUCCAUUCUCCCACCACACCUCAUUCAAUUCGAGAGCUGGGCAGUGAGGAUCUUCUUCCUUCUCGGCCUCAUUACGAUCGUCCCCUGGGCUGCACUCAUUCUCUUCGAUGCUUGCCUGUGGCUUUACCGAAUCCUCCUGUGGGAGCUUCCCUGGAUAGGCGGGCGCGCACGUGGCCAGCAGCGACCCCGGGCCCCGAGUUUGAACGAACGACCUGGAGGUCAACGGCGGGCGUUUGGAAUGCGCGGCGUGGAGGCCGAUGCUGAUCAAGACCAUAAGCAACAGGACGAUGCGCGGACAGACGAAAACACAGGCAAAGAGAACAUGGCACCCACCUCUGACGCGGAGGCUCGCGCCAAUACGGGCGGAGAGGUCAAACACCGGGCUACUGGCAGAGAGUGA